GUAAAUGUGGUCAGUGGUCAGUCGGUGGCCGCUGCCCACCUGUUGAAUAGAUCUAUUGUUUUCCAUUAUGUGAAUAACAAAAAGAGGGAAAACUGACCAGUGUAACAUUUUAUUUGUCAACAUAAAAGCCUCGGCUGCUCCAUGUGUGACACUCCCUUUGGUUUCAGUGUGCGCAGCCUGCACAGCUUGUCAUGUAGAUGUGUAGUGAGCAGAAAAAGCUUUUUAAUUCACAGAGUGGACUUCACCCAGUGUUUUAGACAGACAUGAUAACAAAAGCAGUUUUCAUCAGAUAUCAUCAUCUUGUAUUAGUAACAUGUACGCGAUGUUCUUUGAGUGACAGCCAGUAGGAGUGUUUGGUAACACAACUUACUUGUGCUCUUACAUCCCUGUAGGAGAAGAUAUAUUUGUUUGACCAGUUGACACAGUUUAGUUCAUACUGGAAAAUCUCACCCAGUCUGGGUUAUGACGAUCUCAUUUCUAAGGAGAUUAAAGUUUUACAGAAGCAGGCAGAUAUGUUGCGCACGACCUGUUCCUGUGAGAAAUUCGCCAGAACGGAAGGGAGAUGGGGGAAAUAUUGCGCAAUUUGAAAAAAACAUAUCCAGUGACUCAGACUUGGAAUUACUGCUACCUGCUCUGCUCCAGGAAUAAACUCCUCUCUGUGGUCAAAGACGAGGAGGCCACGGAGCUCAGUGGGGAGCUGAUGUCCCGCUGUAAGAGCUCUGGACGCACACUUCUGAACUUUUUUAUUUGACUGUAUGCAAAGAAAAGCCGCCAUGUAAUGGAGCAAUAACAACUUAGUUUAAAUAGUCUUUCAGCGCAGAAGGCAUAGCUCAUCACUCCUGCAUACUCAACUGAGGAUCGUCACAGAAUGAGAGGAUCUGCAGUGUUUUGAUGUUACAUUCCUGAAGUUUCUGAAGAAAUCAGAGGCCUGACCCGGCAGCAGACAGAGAUCAUAUUCUUCAUCCCUUCAUUCCUGUUGUCCGAAGAGGGGGAGAGACUGUAUGCUUUGAGGAGACGAGGGCCAGUGAUAUGGCGUUUCUGUGUAUGAGAAAAAGACAGAGGGAGCUGAUCUGAGGUCAAGGCCUUCCUCCUCUCCCCCUGCAAGUCACAUGUCAGUGUGAGGCACAACCCCCGGGGUUGCUAUCGCUACACUGACCGACCUAAAUACUUGUAUCCUCACUCGGAGAAGCAACACAGACCGGAUCACUCAGUUGAAGCCAAGAGAGCUUCUUAUCAAGUGAGUUUGCUUUGUGAGCUCUUGACACUACUUGCUUUUAGUUAAAUUCCUCUGCUGGUUUUAAUCACCCUGAGAAACUGACUGCUACCCAAACCUACAGAGGUGCCUGUGCCUCUGCUCUCAGAGAAAGAGAAGCACACAGAGUUUUCUCAGGAGAAACUGAUUCAUCUCACGUCGUUUUUUGAAGCAAAAUGCCGGCAAAGACGCCAAUAUACUUAAAAACUACAACUCCUAAGAAGGGGAAGAAGCUGAGGCUUCGUGAUGUCCUCUCCGGUGACAUGAUCAGCCCCCCUCUGGGCGACGUACGUCACAGUGCCCAUGUGGGUCCCGAAGGGGAGGGCGACAUGUUUGGAGACGUGGGUUUCCUCCAGGGGAAGAUGGACAUGCUGCCGUCCCUGAGCCGGACACAAAACGGUCACGCACGUUCGUACAGCGUGGAGAGACACAUGGAUGAGGGCCUCGCCGCGAAACACGACCCGCACAACUACGCCUACAAUGGUUACCAUUAUCAGCACUCCUCCACCGGCCUGUUGAAGACCACCAUCUCCAUGCCUGUGUUCAUCGCCCAUGAACAGGCUCCACCCAAACCCCCUCGUCUCCACCUGGACGACCCUUCCCCUCCCUCUCUCCCCUCUCAGCAACACCACUUCCACCACCACCACCACCACCACCUGCCAACAGAGGCGAGCCACAAACAGGCCAACGGUCACAGUCAUGCAGACAACAACAGCCAGCAGCACCCGACCCUGUCACUCUGUGAGAACGGCGUGGUGGGCCGUCUGGCAUCGGAGCCCUGCCGUGACAUCUCCCUCUCGCCCGCCAUCCGCAGGCUCGUCCCCUCCUCUGGCUCCUUCUCUGAGGUCUCCUCCGAGGACUCCAUGUCGGAAAGCUGCGGGCCCCUGGACGUUCGCCGGGGCCUCAGUCUAGACUCUGACGCCGGCCUGAGCAACGAGGACCUGAGGAGUGAACGCAGUGAGUCUCCCUGUGCUGCCUUUCAACCGGCCAGUCUCACAGCCUCACCCAGUGUGUCCCGCUCAGACUCUAUGGCGGGGUUAAACCUGGAUCUGGGUCCAUCCAUCCUGGAGGAUGUCCUGAGUAUCAUGGACCGCUACAAGACUGAGGACAACCGCUGUGAGCUGUGAAUGGAAAGAUUAAUGUGAUGUACAGAUAUUUUUAUACAUGGUUUAAUAUAUCCUUAAAAACUCUGUGAGGAGACUAAAGGAGGACGAGGGACGGAGGAAUGGAAAAUAUACGGUGGAGAAACUGUCUCAAGAACAAUGACAGCUGAGUUUAAAGGUAAUGAAAGACUGACAGAGCUAAGAAGCAUGCAAACAUGAUUGUGGAGUGUUGGGACGUUUCUGCUCAAGAUGAUAACAGCCAAGGCAAAAUAUCAGCCACUAUCCACAUUGUUUAUAUCUGUCUGUUUAUAUGAUGUGCUGAGAAUCUGUUCUUUUUUCUGCGUGUCAUUGGCCAGCUGAGUCAGAUUAAUGUCUCAACAAAUCACCAGCUGUGAUCAAUAUUCAGGAGCAGCAGGACUCACAUAUCCAUGGAGGAAGCUGCAGCUACUAAUGAGUACAUUUUUUUCUACAACUUAGGACGUACAUUUCUGCAGUAGAGCUCAAAUGAAACACGCUCAGUCAUACUAAGCUGAACUGCAAAUAGUUUUAUGCUGUGGGUAAUUUUCUGUCCUAAUUCACUUUGGCUGCCUCAAAUGUCAAGUUCAGGACUAAAAGGUUUUAGAAGACUGAAAAUGAAUAUCUUCACUCUUUCUCUGUAAUGCUUCAAUGCCAGAUGAAAUGUGAACAACUGCUAAUUUUACUGUCCCUCUCUAACAGAUGAACAUAUAAGCUUAAUGGUCUCUACCUGUCCUCUAGUGUUACUUUUGAGAAUAGCAGCUCAGACAUUUCAGUUCAGAUUUCUUUCUUUUGAUGAGAGGAAAACAAGUUUAUUCCUGUAGUUUAAUUAAUGAAAUGCUCUAAGUGUAAGAAAAAUGCUGCUUUGUAGAUUAAUUUUUUAAAAAGUCAUUCAUCUUCAAAGUUAUGGCUCACUUUCAGCAUCCCUAACAUUCACUGUCUGCAUUAUCACAGUAGCCUAUUAUUCAAAUGUCAUUUAUGCUGUGUGUGAUAUAUAUAUUUAUAUAUAUCACUGUACAUGUAUGAAUUAAAGGUUCCUAUAAAACAUG